CUCUUCUGGAAGAGAAAAUAAUCAAUUGAUAAAAUAAAGAUAGCAAUCAGGUAUAGCAAUUAAAAAUGAAAUUUCGGUUCUGUGGAGAUGCAGAUUGCCCGGACUGGGUAUUGGUUGAAAUAAAUACAUUGUCUAGAAUUUCUUCUGUAAAAUUAAAGCUUCUGGGUCAGCUGGUAGCCAAGGCGAUAAUUAACCCACCAAUAGAUAUGGAGAAAGCUGAAAAAUUGUUUGUCGAUUCAAAAAUGGAUUGCGAAAUAGACUUGAAAGCCUGUAUUGCUUGUUUAACUUAUAUCCUAACAUCUGCUGCAAGAUUUAGCUGUGAUAGCAGUGCUCUACAAAGUGAAUUGCAACAGUUAGGACUACCAAGAGAGCACAGCAUUUCUUUAAAGAGGUUAUUAGAUGACCAAAUUGUAAACCUGACCAAAAAACUCCAAGCAGUAUCUCUGAGAGUGAAUCCAUUGGACAACUUCAGUGUUAGAGUCGACAGUAACAUUAAUUGUGCUGUGCUGGAUUUGACCAUUAACGGGGAAGACAUGUCAGUAACUUUAACACCAUUCACUGUUAACGUAUUAUUAGAAAAUUUGAAAGGAGUCAGGAAAAGCAUGGCUGAAUUGAAAGAAUCCUCUUGACAAAAACUAAAGUAAUUAUUUCAGUUAUAUAUUGAUUCAAAUUUAUGGAAAGUAAUUAAAAGAUACAUAUGAA